AUGGUUAAAGAGUGUGCGAUUGGUAUGGUGGAAGAGGUUUUAUGCCACGAUAUGAAAACCCAGCAAACUGUCGUGGAGCUAUUAAAGCAGGUACCGUUGUCAGCCAACACUACCGCAAGACGAGUCGAAGUUUUAGCCGAGGAUUGUACAUCCAAACUGAAGGCGGAUCUCGUUAAAGCAGAUGCCAUGUCCCUGGCAAUAGACUCGUCGUGUGACCUAACGGAUAUGGAGCAACUGUCUGUUUUUGUCAGAUUUUUUGAUGGGAAUGCAUUCAGGGAAGAGCUGCUAUGUUUGCUUCCUCUACCUGGGCGCUCAACGGGGGAGAUUAUCUUUAACGAGCUGACACGGUUCUUUGAGAAGGCUGGCUUGGACGUGGACAAAAUUGUGUCAGUUGUCACUGAUGGAGCCCCGUCCAUGGUGGGACUUCGACAGGGAUUGGCGAGCAGGCUGUCCGCAAUUAACCCAAAGAUGUUGACAUUUCACUGCAUCAUUCACCAGUCAGUGCUGUGCGCGAAACUCGACAACAAAAUGAAAGAUGUCAUGGAUUUUGUGACCAGGCUAGUGAAUUUCAUUCGAGCAAAUUCAAGUCUGCAACACCGGGUUUUCCGAGCCUUCUUGGAAGAAAUGUCAGCUGAGCACAGAGACCUUUUGCUGCAGAACGACGUGCGCUGGCUGAGCAAAGGCCGUGUGUUGGAGCGUGUGUGUGACCUGCACGCCGAGCUUGUUUCGUUCCUCUCCAGCCUGCAGAGUCAAAAAGCGCAACAGUUCCAGACUUUUUUGACCGAUCGGAAGGAGAUGGCAUACGUGUGUUUUUUAAGCGACAUAAUGUCUCAUCUGAAUCACCUUAACCUUAAACUACAAGGCAAGAAUCACACUGUUGCAGACAUGUACGAAGCUAUUGAAGCAUUCCAGGGAAAGCUGAACAUUUUCGAGAGAGACAUUCGAGGGAGAAAGUUGCACUUUCCUCGUUUGCAACAGCACUGUGAAAAGAACGGCAUGCGCGAAGAUCCAGCAAUGGUGCACUUCGUGACCAAACUGGCGGAGAACUUCAAGGAGCGAUUUGAAAGCAACCGCAAGCUCUCCCGUGACAUCCUCCUUUUUCUGAGACAGCCGUUCUCUGUGACGCCUGAUGGCCAGUGGACAUCGGAGGCCAAGAAACUGCUGCCUUCUAUAGAUGAAGCAUCGCUUCAGAUGGAGGUCUCGGAAAUGGCAACAUCCGACACGCUUAAAGCGCACCACCAGGAGAGCGAGUUGGCUGAAUUCUGGAUCAAUGUCGACCGUGAUCGAUUCAGAAACACCAGAUCAGUUGCAAUGCUCCUUUUGACAAGUUUCCCCUCCACAUACAUAUGUGAAGCCUCAUUUUCGGCAAUGAACUGUCUCAAAAAUGACGCAAGAAACAGAUUGUCUGACGCACACCUUGGCGAUUGUUUGAAGAUUGCCACAACAGAAUACAAACCAGACUUCAGGAAGGUUGCCUCCUCAUCCAGUCACUGCCAUCUCUCACACUGAUUGUGACUGACGUGGCUGAUAUGGUCCUGCAGAAUCCUCUAUCUCUCUUCAGUGACUGAUGUGGCUGAUGCGGUCUUGUAGAAUCCUGCACCUCUCUCUCUCUC